UCCAAAAAAAUUUAAAAUCACAGUAAUACUAAUAAGGAAACAAAACCCUAUCUUAGUUUUGAAUCAUCAAUUUCUCAGAAGAAAAAAAAGAAUGUCGAAAUCGAAUCACCAAGAAGACCUGGAUCUCCUUCUUUCACUUCCAGAUAGGGUUUUGGAAACCCCUCCAGCUUCUCCUUCAUCUCGUUUCCCAGAUUAUUUGUCAGAUGAUGGAUCGCCAAAGCGAAUGGGGGAGGCAGAUAUGUCUGUGUUUAGGGAUGCUGUUCAGGAUUGUCUUGAUUAUGAUACUGAAAUUGCCAAAAAAGCUGCCAAAUCAAAGCAUACAAAGGGGUCAAGUGAUGCAGAAGUUGAAAAAUUUUCGGGUUUGCGAAUUAGAAAUCAAGUAGUUUCACCUGUUGAACUGAGCAACCAUUUUGCUGAUAUUAGGUUCAUCCGGUUAUCCGCAAUAAGGAAUUCGCUUCUUGGCGACACCCUUUCUGGUUGUUGGGCGACCGUUGGUGUUUUAACUGAGAAGGGGCAACCAAGAACAAGUUCAACAGGGAAGGCAUAUGCAAUCUGGAAAAUUGGAUCUUUGGAUGAAAAAACUCUCUCUCUUUUUGUUUUUGGUGAUGCUUAUCAGAAGAACUGCAAUGAAAAGGCCGGUGCAGUUUUUGCGCUGUUUAAUUGCAGCGUACGCAAGGACAAAUCGGAACAUGGAUUUUCAUUGAGUCUUUAUUCAUCCAGUCACAUUUUAAAGAUAGGCACAUCUGUGGAUUAUGGAGUUUGCAAGGGGAAAAGGAAAGAUGGGAUGGCUUGCACUGUAAUCAUUAAUAAGCGGCGUGGAACAUAUUGCAGCUACCAUAAGCAGAAAACAUCUGAGAAAUACUCCUCCAGCAUGAGGGCUGAACUCAAAGGCGGGAACCUUAGAACGGGUUUCAGAGAUCAUCUCAAGUCUGAAGGAAUUUACGUGGUUAAUCCUUUAGCUGACAAGACAAACUUCACAAAGUCUAAAGCACCAUUGAAGUUACUGUCUGUAGAUGGAUUGAAAAAGGCAUUAAGCAAUGCAGGGAAAGUGACUACCAAUGUACAUUCUCAAGGAAUAAGGUUCCUCAGUCAAGUUACAGGAAAAUUGGACUCAAACAAUACCAAAGAAUCUAUUACUGGUCGAGAUCAAACAAGAAAUAUGACAACAAACGAAAGGGCAUCCUCCACCAAGAGAAAGAAUCCAAGUGAAACAAGACCAAGUCACAGUUGUGAUCAAAAGAAGCCAAAAAUGGGGCAACAAAAUUCAGGACAAAAACCUCAACAGGUUAAAGAAAAAAUGAUAGAACUAGACCUUGUCAGUUCAGAUGAUGAAUUUUAGAUUUAUAAUCAUCUCAUGUAAUGUAUUCGUAUUUCUUAGCUUGUUGUAGAACUUUUUUUAAAAUGGAAAAAAAGAACUUUUAAUCUUA